GUCUGUGCCCCUGCGCUGCAGCUCUCUUAGACCCAGCUGCUGCCUGCCAGGGCCAGUGUCUUCACUCUGUUUCCUGGAGCCUCCUGCCCUGGGCCCGUCUCUCCCAGCAUUCCUCUCUGGCAAGCCCACCUACAAACAUGUGUGUGUUCUGCCCACUGUCAAGAUAAGGACGCGCUGGCUAAAGGUACAUCAGAUAAUGGUCCCCGUGGCCAAGUCCCAGUCCUGCCAUCCCGAGGGAUUCCGGGGUCAGGUGGAGCAGGCAGGGCAGUCUGCCCCAGGCUCCCCAACUGAAGCCACUCUGGGGAGGGUCAGGCCACCAGAAAAUUUGCUCAGCUUUGCUGCCUGUUGGCCAUGGGUGACCUCUCAUUUUUGAGCCCCGGAGGGUCCACGGGUCUCCAAGUAAACAGGGGCUCCCAGAGCUCCCUGGAGGGGGCUCCUGCCACUGCCCUGGAGCCUCACAGCCUGGGCAUCCUCCAUGCCUCCUACAGUGUCAGCCGCCGCGUGAGGCCCUGGUGGGACGUCGCAUCUUGCCGGCAGCAGUGGACCAGGCAGAUCCUCAAAGAUGUCUCCCUGUACGUGGAGAGCGGGCAGAUUAUGUGCAUCCUGGGAAGCUCAGGCUCCGGGAAAACCACGCUGCUGGACGCCAUGUCCGGGAGGCUGCGGCGCACGGGGACCUUCCUGGGGGAGGUGUAUGUGAACGGCCGGACGCUGCGCCGGGAGCAGUUCCAGGACUGCUUCUCCUACGUCCUGCAGAGCGACACCCUGCUGAGCAGCCUCACCGUGCGCGAGACGCUGCGCUACACCGCGCUGCUGGCCAUCCGCCGCGGCAACCCCGGCUUCUUCCAGCAGAAGGUGGAGGCCAUCAUGGCAGAGCUGAGUCUGAGUCAUGUGGCAGACCGACUGAUUGGCAACUACAACUUGGGGGGCAUUUCCACUGGUGAGCGGCGCCGGGUCUCCAUCGCAGCCCAGCUGCUCCGGGAUCCCAAGGUCAUGCUGUUUGAUGAGCCGACCACAGGCCUGGACUGCAUGACUGCUAAUCAGAUUGUCAUCCUCCUGGUGGAACUGGCUCGCAGGAACCGAAUUGUGGUUCUCACCAUUCACCAGCCCCGUUCUGAGCUUUUUCAGCUCUUUGACAAAAUUGCCAUCCUGAGCUUCGGAGAGCUGAUUUUCUGUGGCACACCAGUGGAAAUGCUUGAUUUCUUCAGUGACUGCGGUUACCCUUGUCCUGAACAUUCAAACCCUUUUGACUUCUAUAUGGACCUGACAUCAGUGGAUACCCAAAGCAAGGAAAGGGAAAUAGAAACCUACAAGAGAGUCCAGAUGAUAGAAUCUGCCUACAAGAAAUCAGCAAUUUGUCAUAAAACUUUGGAGAAUAUUGAAAGAACGAAACACCUGAAAACAUUACCGAUGGUUCCUUUCAAAACCAAAGAUUCUCCCGGAGUUUUCUCCAAACUUGGUGUUCUCCUGAGGAGAGUGACAAGAAACUUGGUGAGAAAUAAGCUGGCAGUGAUGAUGCGUCUCCUUCAGAAUCUGACCAUGGGUUUGUUCCUCCUCUUCUUCGUUCUGCGGGUCCAGAACAAUGUGCUAAAUGGUGCUAUCCAGGACCGCGUGGGUCUCCUUUACAUGUUUGUGGGCUCCACCCCGUACACAGGCAUGCUCAAUGCUGUGAAUCUGUUUCCUGUGCUGCGAGCUGUCAGCGACCAGGAGAGUCAGGAUGGCCUCUAUCAGAAGUGGCAGAUGCUGCUGGCCUACGUGCUGCACGUCCUCCCCUUCAGUGUCAUUGCCACGAUGAUUUUCAGCAGUGUGUGCUACUGGACGCUGGGCUUACAUCCUGAGGUUGCCAGAUUUGGAUAUUUCUCUGCUGCUCUCUUGGCCCCCCACUUAAUUGGUGAAUUUCUAACUCUUGUGCUACUUGGUAUCAUCCAAAAUCCAAAUAUAGUCAACAGUGUAGUGGCUCUGCUGUCCAUUGCGGGGGUGCUUAUUGGAUCUGGAUUCGUCAGGUUAGUUCUAACUUUCUACACUGGUACCUUCAACUUUCUGUGUAAUCACAAAUCUCCUCCUCCAAUUGAAACAUACAAGAAAUGCCCAUUCCUUUUAAAAUCAUCAGUUAUUUUACAUUCCAAAAAUAUUGCAGUGAGAUUCUUUUAGUCAAUGAGUUCUACGGACUGAAUUUCACUUGUGGCAGCUCAAAUGUUUCUGUGAUGACUAAUCCAAUGUGUGCCUUCACUCAAGGAAUUCAAUUCAUUGAGGAAACCAGCCCAGGUGCAACAUCUAGAUUCACAAUGAACUUUCUGAUUUUGUAUUCAUUUAUUCCAGCUCUUGUCAUCCUAGGAAUAGUUGUUUUCAAAAUAAGGGAUCAUCUCAUUAGCAGAUAGUGAAAACCAUGGCUGGGAAAAUGGAAGUGAAGCUGCUGACUGUGCAUGACUGCUCUGAAUGUCUGAAAUGAGAGUGCCAUGUAUUUCUUUCUUGAUAGGACAUCUCAGGUCUUUUAACCAUUAAGACUCUAUUUGUGCCUCUUGGAUCCAUGCAGGCCUUGAAUGCAAUGGAAGUGGUUCAUAGUCCCUUCCUGUUACAACUUGCAGGGACAUGUGGUAUUUGGAAAUUGUGACUGAGCUGGCCCAAGAAUUAAAUAAUAAUCAUUCAUAAAGCUA